AUGAGCAUCUCCAUCCCGGCGGGGCUGACGGAGCUGCUGCAGGGCUUCACGGUGGAGGUGCUGCGGAGCCAGCCCGGGGACCUGCUGGAGUUCGCCCUCCAGUACUUCGGGCGCCUCAAGGAGGAGGCGGCGGCGGCCAAGGCGGCGGCAGCGGCGGAGAAGGAGGCGAGCGGCCGCAAGGCGGGCACCCCCGCUCCCGGCCAUGACAGGGGCAGCCAGCCGCCGCGGCGGGCCCCCCCCGACGCCCGCGGGGUCAACUUCGCUGAGGAGCCCAUGCAGACCGACUCCGAGAGCGGCGAGGACGAGGAGCACUGUCCCUCUCCUCCCCCGUCGCAGUAUCCGUCUCCAGUGAUAAACCGAUUCACCAGACGGGCAUCAGUGUGUGCAGAAACUUACAAUCCUGAUGAGGAAGAGGAUGACACAGAAUCUAGGAUUAUUCACCCUAAAACAGAUGAUCAAAGAAACAGACUGCAGGAGGCAUGCAAGGACAUUCUUCUUUUUAAGAACCUAGAUCCGGAACAGAUGUCUCAGGUGUUAGAUGCAAUGUUUGAAAAGCUGGUUGAAGGAGGGGAACAUGUCAUUGAUCAAGGGGAUGAUGGUGACAACUUCUACGUCAUUGAUAGAGGUACAUAUGAUAUUUAUGUAAAAUGCGAUGGUGUUGGGAGGUGUAUUGGAACGUAUGAUAACCGAGGAAGUUUUGGUGAGUUGGCCUUAAUGUACAAUACACCCAGAGCAGCUACUAUUAUAGCUACCUCUCCUGGUGCCAUCUGGGGUUUGGACAGGGUAACGUUCCGAAGGAUCAUUGUAAAAAAUAAUGCCAAAAAGAGAAGAAUGUAUGAAAAUUUUAUUGAGUCAUUGCCAUUCCUUAAAUCUUUAGAAGUAUCUGAGCGUUUAAAAGUGGUUGAUGUGAUUGGCACCAAAGUGUACAAAGAUGGAGAACAAAUCAUUGCUCAGGGUGACUUGGCUGAUUCUUUCUUCAUUGUGGAAUCUGGAGAAGUAAGGAUUAUAAUGACAAGGAAGGGUAAACAAGAUGUGGAAGAGAAUGGAGCAGUUGAAAUAGCUCGAUGCUCAAGAGGACAAUAUUUUGGAGAACUUGCUCUUGUAACUAACAAACCACGAGCCGCUUCUGCAUUUGCUCUUGGCACUGUCAAAUGUUUAGUUAUGGAUGUGCAGGCAUUUGAAAGGCUUUUGGGACCUUGUAUGGAAAUUCUGAAAAGAAACAUUGCAAACUAUGAAGAGCAGCUAGUUGCUCUGUUUGGAACAAACAUGGACAUUGCCGAUCCCAGUGCAUGA